GCAGGAAAAAAGGAAAAAUAAAGUCUCUGAGGCAGGAAAAGUUAAAAUGAGCCGAAUUUACGAGAACAAGUCGCUGCAGAACAAACCGGUGCACAGCGAGAAACUGGACCGAGUCUGGAGUCCGGCCGAGUACCAGAGCGGUCCUGGAGUUCUUUUAGAAGGAAAACUGUUGGAUGUUUCCAGACAUGCAAUCAGCGACGCCAACAACCAAAAGGUCCGGUUCUACGUCCUCUACAUCCGCCCCAGUCGCAUCCAUCAGAGGAAGUUCGACGGCGGCGGAAACGAAGUCGAGCCGAACUUCAGCGACACCAAGAAGGUGAACACCGGCUUCCUGAUGUCGUCCUACAAGGUGGAGGCUAAAGGGGAGUCGGACCGUCUGACCGAGGAUCAGCUGUCAGCGAUGGUCAACAAACCAGAGCUGCUGAAGAUCACCGACCGGCACCGACCCACCGGGACCUGGGCCUUCUGGUACCCAGAGUCCGAGAUGGACCGGUCGGAGUUGGAGACGGGUCAGGAGGUCCGGAUGAAGACCAGAGGAAACGGUCCCUUCAUCUUCUCGUUGGCUAAAGUCGACGGAGGAACGGUGACCAGGUGUAACUUUGCUGGGGACGAACAGGCCGGAGCUUCAUGGACAGACAAGAUCAUGGCGAAUAAAGCGAACACCGGUAGCAUCCAGAAUCCUGCAGCGGGAGAAGGAGCCGAGGAGGACGAAUGGGACGACUGAGGGAACGCUGGGCUCUGAUUGGUCCUCCAGGUCCGACCGAUGAGGAGGAGAACCUUCAUCAUCUGGCGGUCUGGUACUCCAAGGCUUCACUGUUUGACGUCCACUCCUGCGUUCUUGUUUCCUUUGGAUCAGAGCCACAUUUAUCGGACCAAACCUCCACACCCUGCUGCUGUUUCUGUUCUUUAUUCUCCAUGUUCUGCCCACAUUUAGUGUUUUUUCUGCACAAACAGCUGGUUCUUGUUAAAAAGCUUCAUUUUCUCUGAGCAUUGUUUGAGUCCAGACGUCAGCCCAGAAACAGCUUCUCACACAUUUCAGAACUAGAAUAAGAUCAUUGAAAUAUAAGUCCUGACACAAUCUGAGUUAGAAACUGAUGACAGAAUAAUUCAGUGAAGAACAUUAAUUUUUCUUUGAUUCAACCAGAAACUAAUUUCCAUGUCGUCUUUGUGACGAUAAAAGUGUUGAACUUAUUUCACAGUAAACCUCUAAAACAGCUCGUUUCUGUUCAGUCAGGCUGAAAAUGAAUCUUUAGAAUCAUUGUAAAUUUUAAAAUUUAGGUUUUGCUUCAUCUGGAGGUGGAAACACAAUGAUCGUCUGUUGCCAAUAAAAUAUUUUAAAAUGAGGAAAUUCCAUAAAGGGCUGCACAGUGUAGUAGUGGUUAGCACUUUGGCCUUGCAGCAAGAAGAUCCCCGGUUCAAAUCCCGGCCUGGGAUCUUUCUGCAUGGAGUUUGCAUGUUCUCCCUGUGCAUGCGUGGGUUUUCUCCGGGUACUCCGGCUUCCUCCCACAGUCCAAAAACAUGCUGAGGUUAAUUGGUUACUCUAAAUUGUC